AGGGGAGUCCACUCGAGAGCGCCUCCUGUCGUCCCCAAGGCUGCGCUGCCAUUCCUCGGUCCCCCCCCAACUCCUCCCGCCCCCCCAUCGCCUCCUCCUCCAUCCUCCAGUUCAAAAUGGCGACGGCGGCGGCAGCGGUAGCGGUGGCGGCGAUGGCUCCUCCGGGCUGCCCGGGUGCGUGCCCCAACUUCGCCGUGGUCUGCUCCUUCUUGGAGCGCUACGGGCCGCUGCUAGACCUGCCCGAGCUGCCGUUCCCGGAGCUGGAGCGGGUGCUGCAGGCGCCGCCGCCGGACGUCGGCCACGGAGAAGUACCAAAAGAAUUGGUAGAGCUCCACUUGAAGCUGAUGAGGAAGAUUGGCAAAUCUGUGACAGCAGACAGAUGGGAAAAAUACUUGAUCAAGAUAUGCCAAGAAUUUAACAGCACCUGGGCAUGGGAAAUGGAGAAGAAGGGAUAUCUUGAGAUGAGUGUUGAAUGCAAACUAGCUCUCCUAAAGUAUCUCUGUGAGUGUCAGUUUGAUGACAAUCUAAAAUUCAAGAAUAUUAUUAAUGAGGAGGAUGCUGAUACCAUGCGUCUCCAGCCAAUUGGGCGAGACAAAGAUGGCCUCAUGUACUGGUACCAGUUGGAUCAAGAUCACAAUGUCAGAAUGUACAUAGAAGAGCAAGAUGAUCAAGAUGGCUCUUCCUGGAAAUGCAUUGUCAGAAAUCGAAAUGAGUUGGCUGAGACUCUUGCACUCCUGAAAGCACAAAUUGAUCCUGUGCUAUUGAAAACCUCUAGCCGACAGGACAACUCUUCCCGGGGAAGUCCCACCUUAGAGGAUGAGGAGACUCAGAAAGAGGAAGAAACACCUAAACAAGAGGAACAGAAGGAAAAUGAAAAGACAAAAGGUGUUGAGCAGCCAGCAGAGUCCAUGAACCAUCCUGUGGACAACGUUCCACAAGAGACGGCUGUGAAAACUGAGAACGAAGAUGAAAAGGAACUUGUGAAACUGCCAGUCAUUGUAAAGCUAGAAAAACCUUUGCCAGAAAGCGAGGAAAAAAAGGUGAUCAGAGAUGAAAGCGAUUCCUUCAAGGAGAAUGUCAAACCUGUCAAAGUAGAAGUGAAGGAAUGCAAAGUGGACCCUAAAGAUCUCAAAGGCAGCACGGAGAGGCUGGGGGCAGAGCCCGAGAGGCUGGAAUUCAGUGGUAACAUCAGAUCCCAGGAUAUCGCAGAGAAAUCUACUGAGGACACAGAGAAGCUUAAAAAUGACCAGCAGGCCAAAAUACCACUAAAAAAGCGUGAAAUUAAGCUGAGUGAUGAUUUUGACAGUCCAGUCAAAGGACCUUUGUGUAAAUCAGUUACUCCAACGAAAGAGUUUUUGAAAGAUGAAAUAAAACAAGAGGAAGAGACUUGUAAAAGAGUCUCUGCCAUCAGUACUUUCAGUCAUGAAGGGAAACAACUGGUAAAUGGAGAAAUUAUGGAUGAAAAAGUGACUCCAAAUUUUAAGACUGAAGAAAUGGAGGCCAAGUUUUAUGAUACAAGGGAAGAUCCCUCUAGCAGCCCCUCUAAGGACAGGCAUGCCGUGGAGGGAAAUGGAACAGAGUGCUUAAAUUCUGUUAUAACAAGCACAAGGGUAAGUGAACUUGAGAAAGAACUGGUCCCUUUAGGGAAAGGUAUAGACAGUUCAGCACCUGUCUUAGAGACCCAUAGUCAGAAAGGAAAGUUAGAGGAGCCCGCUCCUCCAAACAUGGACAUUUCUCUUGAGACUUCUGAGAUGGCAAAGGAUCUCUCUGUAAAAACUGUUUUGUCUACCACCGAAUCCUGUACUGCAAAAGCAGAAGAGAAGUCCUCCAAAAGUAAGAAAGAUAACUUCACACCAGUCAUAGAAUGUCUUGAAAAGGUAGAGAAAUCCAAAAAGACUUUUGUUGAUAAAGACAUACAGAGAUUGAGUCCAAUACCAGAAGAGGUUCCAAAGAGUACCCCAGAACUGGAAAAUGCAGGCUCUUGUGAAGCAGCUGAAACUCCCCUACCGCCUAAAACUACUGGCCCCAGUGAGAAGGUAGCCUCAGAAAAAGAAGGGAUAGAAUGCCAAUGCGUAAGUUCCACUGAUGGUCAGCCCCUGGGAAAUGCAAGCUCAGAAAUUCUGAAAGAGGAUUCUGAUUCCUCCAAGGUGGAAGCAGCCAGUGUGGACAAUGGCCAGACCUCUCCCAUGGAGGACCUUUCUGAGACAAAGGGCUCUGUACAGAAGAGCAAAUUUAAAUAUAAACUGGUUCCUGAAGAAGACACCACAGCUUCAGAAAAUACCGAGAUCACCUCUGAAAGGCAGAAAGAGGGCAUCAAGCUAACUAUUAGGAUAUCCAGUCGGAAGAAGAAGCCAGAUUGUCCCCCACAGACUGUAGAAUCUGAAAGCAAGCAAGAGAAGAUAGAAAGGGAAGAAGAGAAAGCAAGUGUGGCUCGUACUUUACGGAGGUCUCCAAGAAUAUCUAGACCCACGGCCAAAGUAGCUGAGAUCAGAGAUCAGAAAGCUGAGAAGAAGAAAGGGGACGAAGAGGAAGAGGAGCCAGCAGCCCUGCAGAAGAUAGACAAGAAAGAGCACCUGAAGAAAGCAGAGAAGGACACGGGCUCUAAGGCAAGCAAGGUAAAACCCAAAGGCAAAGUUCGGUGGACUGGUUCUCGAACACGUGGCAGGUGGAAAUAUUCCAGCAACGAUGAAAGUGAAGGGUCGGACAGUGAAAAAUCUUCUGUAGCUUCAGAAGAAGAAGAAGGGAAGGAAAGUGAAGAAGCUGUCCUACCAGAUGAUGAUGAACCAUGCAAAAAAUGUGGCCUUCCAAACCAUCCUGAGCUAAUUCUUCUCUGUGAUUCUUGUGACAGUGGAUACCACACUGCCUGCCUCCGUCCUCCUCUGAUGAUCAUCCCUGAUGGAGAAUGGUUCUGCCCUCCUUGCCAGCAUAAGCUACUAUGUGAAAAAUUAGAAGAACAGUUGCAAGAUUUGGAUGUUGCCUUAAAGAAGAAAGAGCGUGCUGAGCGAAGGAAAGAACGCUUGGUAUAUGUUGGUAUCAGUAUUGAAAACAUCAUUCCCCCACAAGAGCCAGAUUUUUCUGAAGAUCAAGAAGAAAAGAAAAAAGACUCAAAAAAGUCCAAAGCAAACUUACUUGAAAGGAGAUCAACAAGAACACGGAAGUGUAUAAGCUACAGAUUUGAUGAGUUUGAUGAAGCAAUUGAUGAAGCUAUCGAAGAUGAUAUCAAAGAGGCUGAUGGAGGAGGAGUUGGCCGAGGAAAAGACAUCUCCACCAUCACAGGUCACCGUGGGAAAGACAUCUCUACCAUUUUAGAUGAAGAACGAAAAGAAAAUAAACGACCCCAGAGGGCAGCUGCUGCUCGGAGGAAGAAACGCCGGCGACUUAAUGAUCUUGACAGUGACAGCAACCUAGAUGAAGAAGAGAGUGAGGAUGAGUUCAAGAUCAGUGAUGGAUCCCAAGAUGAGUUUGUUGUAUCUGAUGAAAAUCCAGAUGAAAGUGAAGAAGAUCCACCAUCUAAUGAUGACAGCGACACUGAUUUCUGUAGCCGGAGACUGAGGAGGCAUCCCUCCCGGCCAAUGAGGCAAAGUAGGCGUCUGCGGAGAAAGACCCCAAAGAAAAAGUACUCUGAUGAUGAUGAAGAGGAGGAAUCUGAGGAGAAUAGUAGAGACUCUGAAAGUGACUUUAGCGAUGAUUUUAGUGAUGAUUUUGUAGAGACCAGGCGAAGGAGGUCAAGAAGGAACCAGAAAAGACAGAUUAACUACAAAGAAGAUUCAGAAAGUGAUGGUUCCCAGAAGAGUUUACGACGAGGCAAAGAAAUAAGGCGAGUUCACAAGCGCAGGCUUUCCAGCUCAGAAAGUGAAGAGAGCUAUAUGUCUAAGAACUCUGAAGAUGAUGAACUAACUAAAGAAUCAAAGCGGUCAGUUCGAAAGCGGGGCCGAAGCACAGACGAAUAUUCAGAAGCAGAUGAGGACGACGAAGAGGAAGGCAAACCAUCUCGUAAACGGCUACACAGGAUUGAGACAGAUGAGGAGAGCUGUGACAAUGCUCGUGGAGAUGCGGAUCAGCCUGCCCAUGACAGCCAGCCUAGGGUCCUGCCCUCCGAGCAGGAGAGCACCAAGAAGCCCUACCGGAUAGAAAGUGAUGAGGAAGAGGACUUUGACAAUGUGGGCAAAGUGGGAAGUCCACUGGACUACAGCUUAGUGGAUUUGCCUUCCACCAAUGGCCAGAGUCCUGGCAAAGCCAUUGAGAACUUGAUGGGCAAACCAACUGAGAAGCCCCAGACCCCCAAGGACAGCAGCACAGUCAGUGCAAGCCUAGCCCCCAAUGGGACAAGUGGUGGACAGGAGGCGGGGGCACCAGAAGAGGAUGAAGAUGAGCUUUUGAGAGUGACUGACCUUGUUGAUUAUGUCUGUAACAGUGAACAGUUAUAAGACUUCUUUUCCAUUUUUGUGCUAAUUUAUUCCACGGUAGCUCUCACACCAGCGGGCCAGUUAUUAAAAGCUGUUUAAUUUUUCCUAGAAAACUCCACUACAGAACGACUUUUUAGAAGAAAAAUUUCAACAGACCCUGAAGUCUUUCUGUGAAGUGACCAGUUUUGAACUUUGAAGAUAAAUAAUUGCUGUAAAUUCUUUUUGAUUUUUCUUUUUCCAAGUUCAUGGUCCUUGGUAAUUUCAUUCAUGGGAAAAAAAAUCUUAUUAUAAUAACAACAAAGAUUUGUAUAUUUUUGACUUUAUAUUUCCUGAGAUCUCCUGACUUUGUGUGUGAAAAGGGCGGCGGGUAAGAAUGCAUUCCAAAUCUAUGAGGACCCAAACAGAAUUUAGGGUGGGAGAAAGCACUUGUGCUUUAGCUUUUCAUAUUAAAUAUAUAUUAUAUUUAAACAUUCAUGGCAUAGAUGAUGCUUAACAAACUGAUUAAAAGUUCAAGUCUG